AUGCCUCCUAAACCAACCAGUGGAAGGAAUCAACAAGUAGAGGAGCCCGAAGCUGCCUCUAGCAAUCCAGCCAUGGAUGAUAUACAAAGAACCUUGAACCAACUUGUUGGUAGCAUGAGAGAGUUGUUUGAUGCAAAUAGAGAAAUUAGAGAGGAGAUGCACACUUUGAAGGAAGAAGUGCAAGUAAAUAGACCCCGAGGAGGAAGAGAUCAUCAAGCCAUUUUAGAGGAGGAAGAUGAAGAAGAACUUGAACCACCUAGAAGGAGGAAUCAAGAUAGAAGGCGAGAAACCGAAGAUGGCAAGAUAAAACACCAACUUCCGGAGUUUCUUGGCAAGGCUGAUCCGGAUCUCUAUUUGGAGUGGGAAACCAAUGUAGACAAGGUGUUUUCUUUGCACAAUUAUUCGGAGCAAUACAAGGUUGGAGCUGCCAUUGCAGAGUUUAGACAAAAUGCUAACACUUGGUGGCUAGAUGUGAUGAGAAGAAGGCGUAGAGAUGGUGAAGGAGAAGUCACAACUUGGCGGGAGCUAAAGCGUUUGAUGAGAGCUACUUAUGUCCCAAAAACCUACCAAAAGAAGCUAAGAAGUGAACUCCAAGACUUAAGGCAAGGUACUCGUUCUUGUAUGGAAUUUUAUUAUGAACUAAUUGCCUUACGUUCUAAGCUUCAGAUUGAUGAAAGUGAUGAUGCAAUGGAGGCACGGUUUAUAAGGGGUUUAAAUAGGAAUAUUAGAGACCAAGCGGAGAUUGAAGCAAUGAAAUGCAAUUCAUUAGAAGAAGUUGUUGCUUUUGCUGAUUUGAUUGAGAAACACUUGAAGGAGAAAGAGAGCCGUUCUAGGUUCACUCCGGGAGGCUCAACCAGCAAACCAACACCACCAAAGAAGCCAAUGCCGAGUUCUUCCACCAGUCAACCCAAGAUAGUUGUCAAGCCAACCGUGAAUAACCUACCAAAGAAGGUGAUCACUCCACCUCAAGGACAAGAAAGAAGAGUUCAGUGUUUCAAAUGUAAAGGGUGGGGACAUUAUGCUAAAGAUUGUGUGAAUCAAAGGGUGAUGCAUUUUAUUGAAGAUGGAGAGAUUUUUAGCGAAGAUGAGGAAUCUGCCUUAGAAGCCGAAAGGGAGCAAUCUUCAUUACCAUUUAUUGAGACCGAAUAUGUUACAUAUUCAAGCGAUGAAGAAGCCAAAGAGGGAGAGAGAAAAGGCAUGAAGGUGAGUUGA